AGGGUCUGUUCAACAUGGGCAAUGCCAUGGGUAAUUUCAUGGGAAAAGGGUUGCCAUCUACACAGAUGUUAAGCCAUGUGUUCAAAUCCCUUCACGAACAGUUCACUGAUUCCGAAAUCAAAAACUUCGACGAUUUUCACGAUGCCAUCCUCGAUAUCUUAAAUGUUAUCAACUCAGCAUUACCCGGUAAACAUUACGAUGCCCCUUCUCGCUAUGACGUUGAGAAAUGUUUCGAAGACUGGAAAAUGGAAGAAGACCCGGAGAAGAAGAAAGCGAUUUUUAUCGAUUUUAUUAGGACGAUAAAGAUUAGCAAGUUGGAUAACACAACCAUCAUGACCGGAAUCGUGACGCCGCCUGCGGCCAUGGCGGCAAAGAGAGCUGGAGAGUUUCUGCCGCAUAUGGGCAUGAUUAAGUCGAUCCCCGAUGUCGUGUUUGUACCUUCAGUGACAAUGGCGGCCUUGGUGAUUUCUAAGCUUUCGAGAAGGCUUUACAGGCGAAGCGUGAAGGCCAUGCCGAGCAAAUCUGUGUCAUUUAAUGACGAUAAGCCGAAAGUACUUGAGCCUGAAGCGGCCAAGGAACUCCAACCACCUUCCCCUACAGAUUGAAAGAUGAAUUGCCUUUCGCUUAACUCACUCAAGCUUAUAUUUAACGUGCUCCAUGUUUUAUGCAAAGUUGUAGUUUUAUAUAUAAUAAAAUUAUAAACCA